CCAGUGUGGACCCAUGCUUCUGUCAGACGACACAGAGACUCAACUCUGCCACCUAGAGGCCCUGGCGAAGGAGGUGUGUGAGGUGGAGGCGGAGGUGCAACACUGCCAGGAGGUGCUGGGUGUCGGGGGGGCGGGGCUGGGUGGAGGGGGGGCGGGGCUGGUGGGGGAGACGCUGGGGACGCUGGAGGAGAGACUCCGCCUCCUCAACACCAUGCUGGUACCCCGCUGCCAAGACAUGACGGACAGGCUGCAGGAGCUCACUACCUACCAGGCGGAGUUGAGACGGCUCUCCUCGGCCCUAUCAGACAGCAGGUCCCAGCUGCAGCAGAAGAUGAUUGGCUCCUUGGACAGACCCACCUCCAGACAGAUGGAGACGGUGCUGGAGUCGGAGGACAGCCUGCGUGAGUUUGAGCAGCGGGUUCAGGACCUCAGGAGCCGAGGAGACACUCUCCAGCUGGACCAGGCCUCCUGUCAGGAGCUGCUGAAGCUGCAGGACUCGUACGAGGAGCUGGUCCAGAUGGUGGGGUGUCGGCGCGGCGAGCUGACCCAGGAGGUGGCGCUGAAGGCCCGAUACGAGCGCGCGCUGCAGGACCUGGCGGAACUGGUUCACACGGCGCAGGACAAGAUGGCCGCGGACCAGAAGAUGAGUGUGGGCUCUGUGAUCGAGGUGCAGGUCCUCCUGGACAAACACAAGGAGUUCUUCCAGGCUCUGGAGGCCCACGUGGUUCUGACCGAGUCCUGGUUCGGGCGCGUGCGUGGCGUGUUGAGCCCGCGGGAGCUGCAGGCCCAGGAGGACACCGUGGGCCGGGCCAACACCGCCCUCAAGCAGGCCCACAGGAGGGGCGUGGAGCUGGAGGCCGUCCUGGAGGCGUGGAGUCGGCUGGUAGGGAACUAUCAGGCUCUGUGUAGAACGCUGGAGCAGGUGGAGAGCAGCAUCCCCACAGCAGGCCUGGUGGAGGAGACGGAGGACAGGCUCAGUGAGAGGAUCGCCCUCUAUCAGUGCCUGAAGGGCAGCCUGUCUGAGCGGCAGCAGCAGCUGUACCAGGUGUUGGAGGAGGGCAAGCGCCUCCUGGUGGUGGGAGUGUGCUGUGCGGCGCUGGAGAGAGACCUGGAGACGCUGGGGGACCGCUGGCUCAACACACACACCAAACUCAACAAGGACACACACCGCCUCGACUCCACCCUCAAGGCCUGGAGCAGGUACCAGAGGGAGUGUGCUGAGCUGAGCCAGUGGCUGGGUUCCGCUCUGGACCGCCUGGAGUUCUGGAACACCCAGUCCGUCACGGUUCCUCAGGAGCUGGAGAGCGUCAGGGACCACCUCCACGCCUUUCUGGAGUUCUCUAAGGAGGUGGACACGCGCUCCUCCCUGCACGCGUCCGUGUUGAGUCUGGGCGCUCAGCUGCUGCGGCUCAAGAAGGUGGACGUGGCGGCGCUCCGAGCCCAAAUGGCGCGCGUGGACACGCAGUGGGCCGACCUGCUCACCCGCAUCCCACUGGUCCAGGAGAAACUGCACCAGCUGCAGAUGGAGAAGCUGGCGUCUCGUCACGCCAUCACGGAGCUGAUGAGCUGGAUCUCCCUCAUGGAGAAUGCCAUCCAGGAGGACCAGGGGUCGGAGGUCACCCAGGAGGAUCAUAGGAGUCUCACCGCAGCCGUGGGGUCAGAGGUCAUCUACAGCUUCCUGCAGAAGUACAAGGGGUUCCGUAUCGAGUUGUCCAGUAAGCAGUUGACGGUGGACUUUGUGAACCAGUCUGUGUUGGCGAUGAGCAGCGAGGACGUGGAGGGGCGGCGGAGAGACAAGACCGACUUCGCCGAGCGGCUGGGGGCCAUGAACCGCCGCUGGCAGAUCCUGCAGGGACUCAUCGCUGAGAAG